UUUUGUUUGUCAACACGAGAAAAACUACUGAUGAACUGAUCAAAUGUCGGGAAUAUUUUACUCAAACCAACAAUUAUGAAAAAGGCAUGCACCAAUGAGGCAUGGGGCUGUGUUGACUGAAUUAUGACUAAAUAAAUAUUAAAAUUUCACUAUCAAACAAAUUGGUCUUUCAUCUUUAUAAACCCUGCGAGUCAUGCACUACUGAUUUGGCCAUGGUAAACACUGCGCCAACGUAAUCGUUGAUAAACCAGCCUAACUCUGCAUGUAGAACUACGCCAUACACUGAGCAUUGCCUGACCUCAAUUCAAUUGUUAAAAAUGAACAACGAACGCACAACAAUGAAUCUUCACGCCUCACUAGUUUUACAACACACACGGUAAACCGCCAUAGAGAUAUACACAGAUGUGAUCAGUCAUUGCUGCUAUAGUGCUGCAUAUAGCGCGAACGUGUACGUGGCAUGAUAUAAUAUUAUGUCAAUGAUGAUUGAGUAGCAACAGCUGUGGCAGCUGAGGUCAUCAUCAAUUAAAUAUAGUCUUGGAAAUUAUUUUUGGCAAUUUUACCCAGCAUCCGGAAACAUCACGUGACGGAAGUGACAAGAUGAGUUUCCGUUCCAAAGCAUUAUGGGCUUUUGGUGUUUCGUACCUCGUCUCAACCGCAAUUUUGAUGGUGUAUUUGAUGUACACCGCCACUGUCAAUCUCCCAUCGCUACCCGACGACCGUUCCAUCUACUGGUGGCGUGAUGCAUCUUACGGGCGUUACAUCCUACGGCACACGUGUAAUGAAACAGACGUUGUGUGCGACACGUGCUGUUACUGUUACACUCCAGCUUCACACAUAAUGGCUGAUUUCGGCGACUUGAGCGAGGCUACGUUGACUGAGCGACACUGUGAAAAGAGACUACCCCAAGCCAUCAUAAUUGGUGCAAUGAAAUCAGGGACGUAUGCGUUGAGAACCUACCUCAGUUACCAUCCGGACAUAGCCAUGGCGUAUGACGAACCGUGGUUCUGGAAUAAGCCGGAGGAAUUUGAGCAAGGUCUGGAGCGAUACCGCAAGAUGAUGCACUACAGCACGCCGAGACAAGUCACUAUCGAGAAAACCCCGGACUACUACCAUGGUGAGGGCGUCCCAGAAAGAAUCAUCCAAAAUCUCCCCGAUGUGAAGAUCCUCAUGAUCAUGAAGGACCCAGUCAAGCGAGCCAUCUCGCACUACAACUUCGAAAGACUCAGGACUCAAGAUUUUUACUUUCCUGCCACUUUUGAAGAGGCUGUCAUGACUGCAGACGGGUACGUGAACGUACACUCCGAGUAUCUCAUACAGUCCGCGUACUCUGUUUUUGUCAAGCGGUGGCUGAGGCACUUCCCGCCCGGGCGAUUCCUUGCGAUUGAUGGCGACCCGUUUCAGCGGGACCCGGUGCCUCAACUCCAGCGCAUCGAGAAAUACCUGGGCAUCCGGCCAUUCUUUACCAAGGAUAUUUUCGUCAAGAAUAGCACCAGUGGUUUCUGGUGUUUGACCAAACCAAUCUAUUCUUGCGUCCCACAGAGCCGGCCCCAUCCACCACACCCCAAAGUGAGCGAUUCCGUGUUGAUGACUUUAUAUCGAUACUUCAGACCAUUAAAUAAACAACUCGCAAAACUCUUGGAAGAACCUUCGUUUGAAUGGUUUUCUUAUUAAACUAUUUUUAUAAUCAAUACAUAAAUGGGACGCUAGCCUGCAUGCUACCUCUGGAACAUCGUGUGACGCUCUAUCAACUCAGCUUUUCGAUUUUUUGUUGGUGACUCGGUUAAUAAGCCACGACACCGGCCGAGUGACGAUAUCGAGAGGUCUUUUGCACCGUAUCCGAACUGGAUGUUGAGUACAAACCCAUUGACUGAGCUAUAGCGCCUACACAUAACCAGUGUGUUGUUUUCCGUGACCGUUGACUUUCAUUCGGAUAGUUUUCGAGUUUAAAACACUGUGGUGAUUUGGUCAUAAUAAUUUUUAGUCUUGACGGUUUCUCGCGAAAUAAUUUGCAAAGACGAAGCGGAAGGACUGCACAAAAUGUAAAAAUAAAUCAUCCGGUAUUUCCCUGAA